GGAAUGCCCCGGGGCUGACUCGCGCUCCGACCGCACGCCGGCGGGGCUGCGCCGGGCCCCCGACGCCUCGGGCCUCGAAGCGCAGCGUUCGGCUCUCCAACGCUCCAGACCUUCUCAUAGGUUUUCUUUCUCCUUGAAUCAUGAGAGAUGAAAUUGCAACAACAGUUUUCUUCCUCACAAGAUUGGUGAAAAAGCAUGAUAAAUUGAGUAAACAGCAAAUAGAAACCUUUGCAGAAAAGCUGAUGACCGUCUUGUUUGAAACCUACAGAAGUCACUGGCACUCUGAGUGUCCUUCCAAAGGGCAAGCCUUCAGGUGUAUCAGGAUAAACAAUAAUCAAAAUAAAGAUCCCAUUCUGCAAAGGGCUUGUGCUGAGAGUAAUGUGGAUUUUGCUCACCUGGGACUUCCAAAGGAGAUGACAAUAUGGGUAGAUCCCUUUGAAGUUUGCUGUAGGUAUGGUGAGAAAAAUCAUCCAUUUACAGUGGCUUCUUUCAAAGGCAGGUGGGAGGAGUGGGAGCUGUACCUGUGGAUCCGGGAUGCUGUCAGCAGGGCCACACUAGACCACUCCUCUGGCACUUCCUCCGACGAAGAAAGUUAUCACAAAGAACCUCAGAUAAUUCCUAAAGUCAGCAAUCCAAAGAGUAUUUAUAAGGUUGAAAACUUGAAACAGCCCUUUCAAUCUUGGUUCCAAAUCCCCAGCAAAAAGAAUCUGAAUGAUGGCCGUCUUAGCUUCCUAGGAAAUGCUUCUCAUGCCCUGCGUAAGAAUCCUAAGGGUCAUAGGCCUGCAGCUCUUUGCCGGGUGGACAGGUACCACUGGGUCAAUACAAACCGAUAA